GGCAACCAUUUGUACUUUACCCACAAUCGAUUUGGAUUGUUUAUGAAAAUUUAGGUGACCUUCCAAUCACUCUUUUAAUUUCUAUAACGAAUUGUAACUCGUUCUUGUAAAAGAAUGGCUUUAUUAUUAAAAGGUAUAAAAGCUCCUAUUAACUUGCGUCAGGUAUGUUGCGUAACUUACCGCUACAAGACAACCGAAAAAAAAUUACCCCACUACAUUGACCAUGCAACUGGAUUAGAACGUAAAGAGUUGCUUGCAAGAGCUGCCGGUAAUGAUGACCCCUUUGGAAUGAAAGUCUUAAAAAGGGGUGCCGGUACCAAGGAUAAUCCUAAUUUGGUUCCUUCUUUUGAAAGCAAGAGAAUUGUCGGCUGCAUUUGUGAUGAAGAUUCGACUGCUAUCAACUGGCUAUGGGUACACAAGGAUGACCCUAAAAGAUGUGCUUGCGGUCAUUGGUUUAAAUUAGUUGAUGCUAAACCACUGUAAAAAAAUUAAUUUCAAUCUGUGUAUCUAGUGCAUUGUUGCAGUUCUGCUAUGUAAAAGUUUCAAACGAUUAUUAAAUAUAAUUUAUACUUUAUUGUUAAAUGUUAUUUUGUUCAAAUAUAUUUUUUAAAACAAAACAUUGUGAAAAUUUCCAUUGCAAUUAAACUCUUAUGAUUUAAAGUUA